UUGUGAAAUUCUCAUGCCCUCAAAGCGUCGUAAAGUCAGGGCCUAAAGUUCCACUUUUCAUGAAUCUGAUUGAGCCACCCACUCAGAUACGAGGGCAAAUCUGUCAUUUCAACCCCUCCGUCUUACAAACCAAAGAAAAUCCGAGUAUUUAUAUGACAUCUCUACUCUAAAACUAAGCCUACUCUUUUCUCUAAUAAAAUAUUAAAUUUAAAGUGAGAGAAAAAGAGAGAGAUGGUGGACAAAAUGGAAGAGAAAAACGGUGGAGGUAGGGUGGAAGAAGAGGAGGAGCACGAGAGGUGUCCGGUGGAGGAGGUGGCGCUUGUCGUACCCGAAACCGACGAUCCAACACUUCCGGUGUUGACGUUUCGGGCAUGGUUUCUAGGGUUGACGUCUUGUGUCCUGCUUAUCUUUUUAAACACAUUUUUUAUUUUCAGGACUCAACCCCUUACAAUAUCAGCCAUCUUAAUGCAAAUUGCGGUAUUACCCAUGGGUAAGUUUAUGGCCCGGGUUAUGCCCACCGGAAAUUAUAGCUUAUUUGGUGGAAGGUGGGAGUUUAGUCUGAAUCCGGGUCCGUUUAAUAUAAAGGAGCAUGUAAUGAUAACGAUAUUAGCCAAUUGUGGUGUUUCUUACGGUGGUGGUGAUGCGUACUCGAUUGGAGCCAUUACUGUUAUGAAAGCUUACUAUAAACAGUCUUUGGGGUUCGUCUGUGCUCUUUUCAUCGUCUUGACUACCCAGAUAAUUGGAUAUGGAUGGGCUGGGAUGCUUAGAAGGUAUCUGGUUGACCCAGUUGAGAUGUGGUGGCCAGCAAACCUUGCUCAAGUCUCCUUUUUCAGGGCACUUCAUGAGAAAGAGCACAAACAGAAAGGAUUUACCCGGAUGCAAUUUUUCCUCAUCUUCUUUGCAGCAAGCUUUGCUUAUUAUGCGCUCCCUGGUUAUCUAUUUCCGAUUUUGACCUUUUUUUCCUGGGUGUGUUGGAUUUGGCCUCGAAGCAUUACAGCCCAACAGAUUGGAUCAGGUUACCAUGGGCUAGGUGUGGGCGCCUUCACCUUGGAUUGGGCGGGUAUUUCUGCCUACCACGGCAGUCCUCUGGUGGCACCUUGGUUUUCCAUUGUCAAUGUUGGGAUAGGUUUUAUCAUGUUCAUAUACAUAAUAAUCCCGCUUUGCUACUGGAAGUUUGAAACUUUUGAUGCUAGGAAAUUUCCUAUAUUUUCCAACCAGCUAUUUAGGACUAAUGGACUGAAAUAUGAUACCACCAAGAUUCUCACGCCACAACGUGACCUCAACGUUGCAGCUUAUAAUAGUUACGGGAAACUUUAUCUUAGUCCUCUUUUUGCCCUUUCAAUUGGAUCUGGAUUUUUAAGAUUCACUGCCACUCUUACACAUGUUGCUCUAUUCCAUGGAAGUGAUAUCUGGAAGCAGAGCAGGUCCGCAAUGAAAAAUGCAAAGAAGGAUAUACAUGCUAAGUUGAUGAGUAAAUACAAACAAGUGCCUGAAUGGUGGUUCCUGAUCUUGUUAGUAUUGAGUGCAGCAUUUUCAAUCUUAAUGUCGUUUAUCUGGAAGGAUGAUGUGCAACUUCGCUGGUGGGGCAUGCUCCUUGCAUUUGUAUUGGCUUGGGUUGUGACUCUUCCCAUUGGUGUCAUUCAAGCAACCACAAACCAGCAACCUGGGUACGACAUAAUAGCACAGUUCAUAUUUGGGUAUGUCUACCCUGGGAAACCCAUAGCUAAUUUACUUUUCAAGAUAUAUGGGCGAAUCAGCACAGUUCAUGCUCUUGCUUUCCUAUCCGAUCUUAAACUUGGGCACUACAUGAAAAUCCCACCCAGGUCCAUGUACGCAGCUCAGCUUGUAGGCACACUGGUUGCUGGUGUUGUCAACCUUGCAGUAGCCUGGUGGAUGUUGGGGUCCAUCGAAAACAUAUGCGAUGUGGAAUCUCUUAAUCCCAACAGCCCAUGGACCUGCCCCAAAUUCCGGGUCACCUUUGAUGCUUCUGUUAUAUGGGGCUUAAUUGGGCCUCAAAGGCUAUUCGGGUCAGGAGGUUUGUACAGGAACUUGGUAUGGCUAUUCCUAGUUGGAGCAGUUUUGCCUGUUCCAGUGUGGAUACUCCACAAGAUAUUCCCUGAAAACAAAUGGAUACCGUUGAUCAACAUUCCAGUCAUAUCAUACGGGUUUGCAGGGAUGCCACCAGCAACACCAACAAACAUAGCUAGUUGGCUGGUCACUGGUACCAUUUUCAACUACUUUGUAUUCAAAUACAGGAAAGAAUGGUGGAAGAGGUACAAUUAUGUUCUAUCAGCAGCUUUGGAUGCCGGGACAGCUUUCAUGGCUGUUCUGAUAUUCUUCGCUCUCCAAAAUGAGGACAAGAAUCUGAAAUGGUGGGGAACAGAAAUUGAUCAUUGCCCCUUAGCAUCGUGCCCAACUGCACCAGGGAUUAUGGUGCCAGGAUGUCCUGUGCAUUGAUCGUGAUGAAAGUCAUGCAAAUAUGCCGUUAAAGUUAGUGUAGGACUAUUAUUAUUGUUUAUGAAGAUGUUACAUUUAUAAUAGGAUGAGUACAAGUUUGUGAGUAAGAAAAUAAACACAGUGAUAGAAUCAUUUUCCUACCGAAGCCUAAUUAGUGUGGUUGAAGUCGUUCUGCGAUCAA